ACAAAAAGCCCAUGGCACUUUCUUCAAAGAGAAAAAAGAAUCAAAGAAUCUCCGAUCAUUCUGCAAAGUUCAUCCAAACAAAAGAAGGCAGGGAGUAUUUUAUUUUGACUCUUUUCACCUACUUCUGGUACUGGUACUGGCUACUACUGCAAAUCUUGCCAUCGAUCCCCUUAGCAGUUAGCAUAGCACACUUAGAUGCUAGUAGCACCCUGUAUCAAUCAAUGGUUCCUCAAAGCCUCUCAGCUCCACCAUCUUCCUCACCUACUUUACUCUCCACCCUUAAACCCUCCCUCCUUUCGGUCCUUAAACCCCCCAUAAAUCUCCAUCGCCAUCACAUAAAGCUCCUCACGAGAAAAGUGAGAAAUGGGAAGUGCAGGGCAGAGUUUUCAGCUGACACGCCUAUUGGGGUCGCAAUCGGCGCGUGCAUUCUCAACUCACUGGCCUUUCCAAUCCCUUCUUCCCCGGAGGAUGAUGAUGAGGGCGACUCGGUGAUUGAUUCAGCUGAUGCGCGGUUUGCGGUCAUGGGAAUCAUCAGCUUCAUACCUUAUUUCAAUUGGCUGAGCUGGUUUUUUGCAUGGUUGGAUACUGGAAAGCGGCGUUACGCUGUUUAUGCUAUUGUGUAUUUGGCUCCUUACGUGAGGCCAAAUUUGUCAAUUUCACCUGAGGAUAGCUGGCUGCCAAUUGCCAGCAUUUUAUUGUGCAUCAUUCACGUUCAGCUAGAAGCUAGUAUUAAAAAUGGAGAUUUUCAAGGGUUUCAGUUGUUUAGUGAAGUUGCAAAGCAUCUACCAUCAAAUGCUGCAAAUGACGAUGAGGAGAAAGAAAAUGAUAAUAUGAACUUGCCAUCUGCACAAGAACGAUAUAGAAACAAUACAGGGAACUCGGGAAAACCUCGCAGAAAGCCGUUCAAAGAUUCCACAAGUUUGGAUACAGAAGAUGGAGAGGCCGAUGAGGGAAAGAAGCACUAGGGAAACAGGAUUUGCUUUGCAAAACGGGGAGGCUGAGUAGUGAAGACUUGUUUGUUGUUUGUAAACUGUCCUGUGAAUUAUGAAUGCUUGCCACAAUCUUACCUCACACAUUUUUUGCCUUGCUUGAAUUGCCAUUUUUCCCCAAAAA